ACCAUACACUGUACUAUGUUUUGAUCUUAAUUCUUAUAUACAGAGAGAGAGAGAGAGAGAGUCUUGGUUUAGUUUGAAAACCUAGUGAGUGAGGGGUUGUGAGGUGAAGCCCAUAAUCAUGAAGAAAGGAAACUUGGGGCCCAGUCUCAAACUCUCAGUUCCUGCAUCUGAUCAAGCUAAUUUUGCCAAGUUCUUGACUGAAAGUGGGACGUUUAAGGAUGGCGAUCUGCUUGUUAAUAGGGAUGGGGUUCGAAUUGUCUCUCAGAGUGAAGUCGAAGCUCCACCUCCAAUCAAGCCAACAGACAACCAGUUAAGUUUGGCAGACAUAGAUGUAAUCAAAGUUGUUGGUAAGGGAAAUGGAGGAGUAGUCCAAUUGGUACAACACAAAUGGACUAGCCAGUUUUUUGCAUUGAAGGUAAUUCAGAUGAAUAUCGAGGAGUCUAUGCGCAAGCAGAUUGCACAAGAGCUGAAAAUUAAUCAACAAGCACAAUGUCCUUACGUUGUUGUCUGCUACCAAUCAUUCUAUGAGAAUGGUGUCAUAUCAAUCAUCUUAGAGUACAUGGAUGGAGGUUCCUUAGCUGAUCUUCUGAAGAAAGUUAAAACAAUUCCUGAGCCUUAUCUUGCUGCCAUCUGUAAGCAGGUGCUGAAGGGUUUAAUGUAUCUUCACCAUGAACAGCAUAUUAUCCACAGAGACUUAAAACCUUCUAAUUUGUUAAUAAAUCAUAUAGGUGAAGUAAAGAUUACUGACUUUGGUGUGAGUGCAAUUAUGGAAAGUACAUCUGGUCAAGCAAAUACUUUCAUUGGCACAUACAAUUAUAUGUCUCCAGAGAGAAUUAAUGGAAGUCAGCGAGGCUACAACUACAAAAGUGAUAUAUGGAGUUUGGGACUAGUAUUGCUUGAGUGUGCUGUGGGGCGGUUUCCAUAUGCACCACCUGAUCAAAGUGAAAGAUGGGAAAGCAUAUUCGAGCUUAUUGAAACGAUUGUUGAUCAACCUCCUCCUAGUGCUCCAUCUGAACAAUUUUCUACAGAAUUUUGCUCAUUUAUCUCAGCAUGUCUACAGAAAGACCCAAAGGAUCGACUAUCGGCUCAGGAACUAAUGAGACAUCCAUUUAUCGGCAUGUAUGAUGACUUGGAUGUGGAUCUUUCAGCUUACUUCUCCAAUGCAGGAUCUCCUCUUGCAACCUUAUAAAAGUUGAGCACCGGUUGCAUAUGGGGAGCAUUUGCAGAUGAGGUGAAGAAACAGCUCCUAGAGUUAUGUCAAAAAUUCUGUAUUUUGUUGAUGAAUGGUUGAGUUCUAGAAUUUGUUGAGAAACUCAUGUAGAUGCAGAGGUCAAGAAAUUUCAAUGAUUGGCACUUGGAAGAAUUUUAAUGCAGAAGAUUAUCAGGGGUUACUUGUGACAAAACAUAUCCCUAGGAUUUACCAAAGUUGCUGAUAAUAUGAUCUGAUGUACAAAUUAUUAUGAGAUAAAGUUUUGCCAGGCUCUCUCAAUUGAACGUGAAAAUUUAUGCCUGUAAUCACUCUGGCUGAACAGUCCCUCAAGUUAUAUUUGAGACUUUAUUUGGUU